AUGACAUAUACUCUUGAAAUACCACAGAGACCGCAAAGUAAAGGCUGGAAAUCAAGCAGUGAGACUACGUUGGCAUUAAUGAGUGUUGGAAACGAUGGCAGCAGGCAGCUGGGAGGCCAAUAUUCCAUUUCUCGAGAGUUGCAGCAAAGCUUUAGACUUGAAGCGUCGACAGCGGAGCCGGAGGACGUAUUGGUCCGCAAGAUGAACUCCAAGAACGUCUCCUGGAGGGAGGAUGAGUACCAUAGACAGCGAUUUGACAGAAAACUGGAUUCUGAGGUACAGAAGGGCGGGAAGAGGCCGCUAGAAGUGCAACAAACGGAUACUGGCGAUCAACAAUUGAUUAAGAAAGCUAGAUGGGAUGUGGAAGCAUAUCAGAUGCCAGACCAAUCAAGGCAAGCUGAAGUUGAACUGAGAGAUAAGCUUCUAACGGCAGAUAGCGCAGGGAUAAGUGGCCUGCGAUUCUUGAAGCCAUCGGACCAUCGAUACUUUGGUGAGGCUUUGCAAGUUCAGCCGUUGAAUGAGCUUAGUAGCGACCAGCAGAAGGAGCGACUGGUGGUUUCACUUUUGCUCAAGAUAAAAAAUGGCACCGCCAGCGUGAGGAAGCAGGCGAUGAGGAGCUUGCAGGACAAGUGCAAUUAUUUUGGGCCUAAAGUUAUAUUCGACAGGCUGCUACCGGUCCUUCUUGACAGCGAAUUGGAAGACCAGGAAAGGAAUCUCAUGAUCAAAGUGGUCGGAAGGGUUCUGUAUGCCCUGGGAGGCAAUGUUGGUCCCUAUACCCAAAGAAUACUCCUCGUUGUGUCGCCACUUUUGAUUGACGAAGAUCCCAUCGCUCGAGAAACCGGAAGAGAAGUGAUUGGGACAUUAGCGCACUCAGCUGGUCUAGCUAACAUUCUUACUGCAAUGCGCCCGGAUGUAGAUAACGAAGAUGAAUAUGUGCGAAACAUUACAUCCCGAGCAAUGGCGGUAGUGGCAAAAGCGUUGUCUGUUGCUAGUCUGAUCCCAUUUCUGGAUGCACUGUGCCACUCGAAGAAAUCAUGGAGAGCACGCCACACAGGAAUUAAGAUCAUUCAGCAAACCGCCAUCCUGCUAAGACGAGGCGUACUCCCGCACUUACAAGGACUUAUCGAAUGCAUCAAGGAUGGUCUCACAGACGAGUACACACCAAUUCGCAAUCUAACUGCCAACACAGUAGCAACUCUGGCCCAAGUGUCUUAUCCAUACGGUAUUGAGUCCUUCAACGUCAUUUUGGAGCCACUUUGGAGAGGAAUUAGGACGCAGAGGGGCAAAGUUCUGGCCUGUUUCCUCAGGGCGUUAGGGUCUCUCAUACCGCUGAUGGAUACUGAGUAUGCGGCUUACUACACACGGGAAGCGAUGAGAGUGGUUAAAAGGGAAUUCAGUUCUCCCGAUGACGAAAUGAAGAAAGCUGUGCUUACAGUUCUGCAACAGUGCUGCAAAACUGAGGGCAUUACUCCCAAAUAUCUACGACAGCAAGUGAUGCCGGACUUUUUCAAAUGUUUCUGGGUAAGACGGACUGCUUUAGAUCGCCAGUUAAAUAAACUGGUUACGCAUACAACGACGGUAAUGUCUGAGAAGGUUGGAACCUCUUGCAUAAUCGAAAAUCUCCUUAAACCUUUGAGAGACGAAGCUGAACCGUUCAGAACCAUGGCAGUGCAUGCUGCUAGUAAAGUUGUGACUUUACUUGGAACAGUCGAUCUGGAUGAGCGAUUGGAAACUAGGCUCAUAGAUGCUCUAUUAAUCGCUUUUCAGGAGCAAACUAACAACGAUAGCGGAAUAUUCAAGGGAUUUGCAGCUGUGGCGGCGUCAUUUGAUAGACGGAUGAAACCCUAUCUGUCACCCAUCAUAAGCACCAUAUUAAGCCAUUUGAAACACAAGUCCCCGCUAGUACGGCAGCAUGCUGCUGAUUUAUGCGCACUACUUGCUCCUGUGAUUAAAAACUGUGAUGAGCUGGAUACCCUCAACAAACUGUCGAUCAUCCUGUAUGAAUCAUUAGGUGAGGUUUAUCCCGAGGUUUUAGGUUCAAUCUUAAGUGCAAUGUCUAACGUGAUUUUGUGCUCUGACCUCUCAAAGCUUCAACCGCCUGUCAAUCAAAUAGUUCCAACUUUGACGCCCAUCCUGAGAAACAAAGAUAGGAAGGUGCAAUUUAGCAUAGUAGAGCUCAUAGGUCGCAUUGCUAAUUCUGCCGCUGAAUUCGUCGCGCCCAAAGAAUGGAUGCGUAUUUGCUUUGAACUGCUAGAACUGCUUAAGAGUCCCAACAAGGCAACUAGAAAAAUCGCCAAUGAAACGUUCGGGUUCAUAGCUCAGGCGAUAGGACCACAAGACGUUUUAGUUGCUCUGCUCAACAACUUGAAAGUUCAAGAGCGUCAACUUCGCGUCUGCUCUGCUAUCGCAAUAGGCAUUGUAGCGAAAUCAUGCGGACCUUACACCACCCUACCGGCUCUAAUGAAUGAAUAUAAGACUCCGGAAACCAACGUUCAGAAUGGUGUGUUAAAAGCCAUGGCAUUCAUGUUCGAGUAUAUCGGCGAGAUGGCACAAGACUAUAUCUAUCUUAUCGCACCUCUGAUAGAAGAUGCUCUAACCGAUCGAGAUCUCGUUCAUAGGCAAACAGCAGCAAAUGUAAUAAAGCACAUAGCUUUGAAUUGCGCUGGGUCUGGCUGCGAAGACGCUUUCAUUCACUUUCUCAACCUACUGAUUCCAAAUAUUUUUGAAACAUCUCCCCACGUCAUUUCACGCAUAUUAGAAGGCCUCGAGGCGCUCAGCCAUGCGGUUGGGCCUGGGAUUAUUAUGAAUUACGUAUGGGCAGGAAUAUUUCACCCAGCUAAGAAUGUUCGCACAGCAUUUUGGAAACUUCAUAAUAACGUCUACAUUCAGCAUCAAGAUUCUUUGGUUCCCUAUUACCCAUCACUAGGAGAGGCGUAUAUUGAUAUACCUGAGAUGGAUUUGGUUUUAUAG